AUGACGGUUUCCGAAUUCGCAGAGGGCUCGAUAAGAGCUAUUUCUUCAGAUCGUGUGGUUCUUGAUGGUACCAUCAAACCUGCAACUAUUCUUUACUCCACACUCUCGGGGAAAAUUGUGGAGAUUUACGAUGAAGUAAUUGAAUCUUUGAAAGAUAUUCGGUUGAAAACCUUCGACGUCAGGACCUAUGAGAACGUUUCGCCCAAUGUUAUCUUCCCCGGGCUAGUGGAUUCGCAUGUGCAUUUGAAUGAGCCUGGUAGAACCGAGUGGGAAGGUUUCGCUACCGGUACCCGGGCGGCAUGCAGUGGGGGUGUCACUACCGUUGUUGAUAUGCCGUUGAAUGCUAUUCCUCCAACUACCACUAUGGCUAAUUUUAACACCAAGUUGAAGGCCGCUGAGGAUCAAUUGUGGUGUGAUGUCGCAUUUUGGGGUGGUAUGGUGCCAGAUAACUUGGAUCACUUGGUUCCGCUAGUGCGGGCUGGUGUACGAGGGUUCAAAGGUUUCCUGAUCGACUCUGGUGUGAACGAAUUCCCUGCCAUUGAUAAGCCAUAUAUCAAAAGGGCUAUUCAGAAACUAGCAGACUGUAAAACGAUGAUGAUGUUCCAUGCUGAAAUGCAAAUUGACGACAAUUUGCACACUAUCGUUGAGACCGAGGAGGUCACGAAAAUAAGGUCUCUUGAUGAGCGCAACGGUGUUACGGAAAAGCAAGCACAAUCGCUGCAGUUAUCGCGCCUUCUAUCACCGGCUGAACCAAGAGGUGGUGUUCCAUCCCAUAUUGUGCAUAACGACGAUGAUAUUACGCCUCCAUUGGAGACCGCAGCUGAAAUCGAUGACGAACUAGCGAAAGUGGACCCAUGUAAAUAUUCUUCGUUCUUGAUUUCAAGACCAGACAGAUUUGAGACCGAUGCCAUUUCUUUAAUCUUGAAAUGUUUGGAAGAAUCCAUCAAAGAACAAGGCAAAGCACCUCCAGUUCAUAUUGUGCAUCUUGCCUCCAUGGACGCAAUUCCCUUAAUACGCAAAGCUCAUGAAGCUGCCCUUCCGAUCACCGCAGAGACAUGUUUCCAUUACUUGAGUUUAGCGGCUGAAAACAUUCCCAAAGGCUCAACUACUUUCAAAUGUUGUCCACCAAUUCGUACGGAGGCAAACCGUGUGGCUCUAUGGAGAGCUCUACGUGAAGGCAUAAUCUCAUCUGUUGUGAGCGACCACUCGCCAUGCACUCCAGAACUGAAAAAUUUGGCUCAUGGUGAUUUCUUCAGUGCAUGGGGUGGUAUUUCAUCUGUUGGUCUAGGGUUGUCCCUCUUACAUACAAAAGGUUGCAUGAUGAAACCAUCUGUAUCACUCAGUGAGAUAGCCAAAUGGUGUUGUGAAAAUACAGCGAAACAAGUUGGUUUGCAACAUCGUAAAGGCUUUCUACGUGUUGGCUACGAUGCCGAUUUUGCUAUCUUUGAUGACGCAAAGGAGCAAAGCAUCGACAAUGCUUCCAUGCAUUAUAAGAACAAACUAACAGCAUACCAUGGUCAAACAGUUAAAGGAGUUGUAAUCAAAACGGUUCUGCGAGGUAAAACCGUCUUCACAGUUAAGUCAGGACCAUCGAACCUUCCCUUGGGUAACACAUUGCUUGAACCAAGGUUUGCAUAA